AUGAAAAAAAAUAAAGAAAAAGUCGACGAAGUAGAAAGGGCUCUUAAAGAAAACAAAGAUAAUAAAGGUAAUCAUAUAAGGAAGUAUAUGGGUGAGAAAAUGGAAACAUUGUUUAUUAGAGGGAUAGAUGCCGUUACAAGCAAAGAAGAGGUUAUUAGCGCUCUAAAGAAGGAAAUUGCAGAUCUAGAUAUGACCGAAUAUAAACUUGGUGACCUCAGACCCAUGUCAAAUGAUACUCAAGCAAUUACCCUCAACAUUAUUCAAAGAAACGCAAACCUGCUGCUGAAUAAGGGAUAUAUUAAUAUAGGAUAUGUAAGAUGCUCUAUAGAAAAAAAAAUCAACGUAAUGAAAUGCAGGAAGUGUUGGGAAUAUGGGCAUGAUCACACACAAUGUAGUGGACCAAACCGACUUGGCAAAUGUUUUAAAUGUGGAGAAGACGGACACACCAUAAAAGACUGCAAGAACAAUGACCAUUGUCCCCUUUGCCAAACGGAAGGUCACAUGGCUGGUAGCGGUAAAUGCAAACUUUUUAAAACCCAACUUUCAAGAGCAAGAAGAAUUGAGAGAAAUACUUUCCGCAGAACAUUUAGCACACAUGCAACUCCGCACAGGAUCUGA